GUUCGCUUCAUGGCGACCUGGGGGGAGGUAUCUAUAACACAGGAAACAUCCCAUUAGGCCAAAGUCCACCAAUCACCAAUUCACAGGCCGAUAUGACCAUGACCCCUGGUGUAAUUGCGGUCACACCGGAAGACCGGUCUCCACUGCCUUCAGCGCGGGCGGUGGGUACCAAUCGCAUUGAUAAACGCAAUGGCCGCUGCUCGACAUUACGAAACAGCGCAAAAGACACCUGCGCCUAGACUAGCAGACACGAUUGUCAAUGCCUGUGCCAUAAUAGCCUCGGUUAAGGAAGACAUUAUGGACCGAGCAAGGGUAUCUCAUCAUGUCUCAGCACUUGUCUCGUUUGAUAGACUUGGAGAGCUGGGUCAAAUCUCUUCCAUCAGACUUUGCAUACAGAGUUUUAGUUGACCCCGACGAACUGAAAGAACAAGACGUGUGCAUGAGGCGAUACGAUAUAUACUCCAGCGUCGAGAUCGCCCAGAUGUGAAAUUUGCAGAGCUGCGCGUGCAUUACUCUCCACCGGGCACUUGUCGAGGUACUAUCGAAACCCUCCCCCAAACCGUCCUCCACCUUUUUCUUACCU